CCAACUGCGGGAAUUGCUAUCGAAUCGGCGACGCACAUGCCCAUGGUUAUCUCAGCAGGUGGAGGUCGCGUCUGGAAGGAACCGUGGAACCUACCGACGAGUUCCCGUUUGUUUAAUUAGAAUCGGUUCGGCGUGGCGUAGCUCCGCGAUGCUCCGAUUGCGUGAUUGCAUACUUAAUGUAGUUUUUGUUUUAGCUUACGCAAGUUCAAGUACGGCUUUGGACGUACGUUGCGCACCGUUGGCUAGUUCUUGGAUGCUUUCACUAAAAGCUUAUUUUUCGUAUAAGCGCCGGUGAGGGGUUUUGGCUUUACAUACGAUUAACCUUUAGCCUUCCUGUAGUCACACACUAACGAUGCGAUUGCGCUGUUCAUUAGGAGUGGCCAUUUUGAUCUUUGUGUGUGUGUGUGUGUGUUUGUGUCGCCCAUUAAAACGUCCAUAUAUGCCCCAAAACCUUAUCGUAUCUAAGCAAUAAAAAAAUCUCGGAAGCUACCACGGUGGACUCGAGGUCACCGAGUCGUGGAGGGUGUCUCUCGCCGUACGCAGAACGAAGGCGGUGUGGUAAGACCGAGGUAGGGAAAUUUAAAUUGUCCACCUUGGUACGCGCGAUACGGCGGGACUUUGAGGCUUCUGUCACGGCCAUACCGUAAGGAUGGGAAAGUGAAAGGAUACGUGCUCGUGCUCGUCGCUCCAGAAUGUUGUAAAGCGGCAAGGGAAGCGUUCAAUGCAAUUCUUGUAAUUACAACACCACAACCUUCACGGGAACAUGUACAACCCCAUCGCCGGUAAAGAUUCGGCGAGAGGGCCACCACUGCUUGUUGGCCGUGCUGUUGUAAAACUUCAUGAUCCAUAACUGCGCGUGAUCUGGCGAUGGUGCAAUGAUUUAUUUCCAUCGUCUUCACCCUCUGUUUGGUCUUUUUUUUUUCUUCUGAUUGCGAGCGAGGUACCAUAAACAAAACCCCUACAACACACGCACACACACAGGCUUAAUCGUCACAAGUCACCGCGAGCUGGCUGCAAUCCAUCACAAUGGCCGAUCACAAUGAAAACUUUGCACCGAACGCGGACCUGGGAGGCUCGGCGGCUCACAGCAAGGCACAGCAGCCGGCCAGCACGGACUCGAAACCCGACCCAGCACAGCCGUCCGGAUCCGCCAGUGUCAGUUCCUUCUCGAGGGACACAAAGCGAGAGGCGAGCUGGCCAUCGGUACUGUUCUACAUCCAUCUCAACAUUCUAGGCGUGUACGGAAUAUUCGUUUUAUUUUCUCACACCUCACUGAUAACGUGUGUCUUCACUUUCUUGCUCACAUUAUGCGGUAUCUUGGGCGUUACGGCCGGGGCCCACCGUCUAUGGGCGCAUAGAACGUACCAGGCCACCCCAUUGCUUCGCUUCACGCUGAUGAUCUUCCAAACGCUUGCCGGACAGGGCUCAAUCUACGAUUGGGUGCGCUUGCACCGGCUGCAUCACGAGAAGUAUCGCACCGUUGACGAUCCUUACUACAGCGAUAAGGACUUUCUGCACGCACAGGUGUUUGCCAACAUUCGCAAACUAAGCCCGAAACAGGAGAAGCUGCUGGCAACGGUCGAUAUGAGUGAUCUAGAGUCGGACGGGAUCGUCAUGUUCCAGCGGCGGUUCUAUUGGCUGCUGUACGUGGUACUGUUCGUGCUGCUACCGAUCAACGCACCGCUCGAGUACUGGGGCGAUACCGUACAGGCGGCCAUCUUUGUCGCGUUCUCGUUGCGCUACCUGAUCGUGCUUAAUGUGUCGUGGCUCAUCAAUUCCGCACACUUUGUCUGGGGUCUGGACAAAAGCCACAAGCAGUCCGACUCGAACAUGGUGUUUUUGGUGACGAAGAGCUACUGGCCACAGUACCACUAUCUGCUACCCUUCGACUAUCAGAGUGGCGAGUUUGGCAACUACGGUUCCGGUUGUACUACCGCAUUUAUUCGCAUCUGUGCCGCCACCGGGCAAGCGACGAACCUGCAAACCAUGACGACCGAAGCGGUGAAGCGCGGUCUUACGAUGGCCGUGGACAGUGGUAAACCGAUCGUCGAAUGUCUGAAGCAGGCCGGUGCCGAGGAUAUGUGCAAUCUGCAACGCGAACAUUAUCUGCAAAAUGAACGACUUCACUAGCUGCUAACUGCAUCUGCCGGGCGCCCUGUUUGGGGCGCUGACCAUUUUAUCUUUAUAAGUGACUCCACCAAACAAGGACCUUCCACCACCAACCACUUCCCCAUCCCCCGCCCCGUUGACAGAGAUAUUUGGUUGGAUAAAUAAUUUAUUCGCGCGUGUGUGUGUUCAUCUCAGCACAUAGUUGGCCUGCCCGUUGCCAUAUGAAGAUUUGCUUGUAUCGAUCCGCUUGUUCUGUACUGAUCGCAUAGGGGUUAUCAGUCGAGUGUCGUACUCUUUCGUAUCUUUUUGUAGCGAAAGCAUCAACUGACACUGUUCCUGCGCCAACUCGUAAACACGAGUCGCGUGUGGUGGGCCGUGUACGAUGGAAUUGUAUGCGUACGUGGUAAGGAUACUGGAUGACAGAGGGAUCGAUGUCAUGUAGAGGAGGAGAUGACCUUUUUGGGGACGGGAGGGACUAGUUGUGAAAUAAAAUAAACCAAAUUCAAGUACCGUUUUUGAUUA